AUGCGUCUACCAUUUGUCGUACUGUUUGUGAACAUUGUCCUGUUCGCACCAGCAUAUAGUUGUAUUGUAAAAGCGAAUCCAAGUUUAAAUAUACGCAGUGCACCAUCGGCUACUGCAUCCGUCGUCGGUAGUCUUUUGCAAGGUACAACAGUUUCGUGUCUGGAAAAACAGAACGGUUUUUGUCGUGUGGGUACAAAUCGAUGGGCAUCAGCGGAGUAUAUCAAUUGUAAUACAGCAGCUUCAGAUGGGUUCGAGAAAAAAGCACCUGCUGCCGAUUAUACACGCAAGACAUGGCGUGGUGUCACACUCAAUCAACGUACAAUUGAGAUGAUCCAACGUGCUGAAGUCUACAUGGCACAAAUGGGAAAAUCAGGUUUUCAAUUUUCAUUUAGUCAAGGUUCGUAUUCAUCCAGUGUAGCUGCUAGUGCCGGUACGCAUGAUGGUGGUGGUGCCAUAGAUAUUCGAACGUCUGUUGUGAAUAAUGAUAAAAAAACAGUUGAUACAAUGGUAGUAGCUUUACGAAAAGCAGGAUUUGCUGCUUGGUCACGUGGUCGUGUAGCAGAUAGUUUCCAGAAUAACAAACAUAUUCAUGCAAUUGCUAUUGGAGAUGUUCAAGCAUCGACAGGUGCAAAGAAUCAGAUUGCAAGCUUUAAACGAGGUCGCAAUGGACUCAAAGGCGAUGGAGUUGAUCCAGAUGCCUAUUUAGGUCGAGCUACACCAACAUGGGCACAAUAG